AAUCUAAACUAGCUGUAAUUUAUACACAUAUGCUUAUCUGCAGCUAAGUAAUAUUACUGAGAAAACAACUUUCUUUCAGAUCAACCCUGUUCAGCAAAACAAAUAUGUUGAAAGCAAACUUUUUCCUUUGGAUUAUUCUGCUAUUUCACGUUAUUAAGACAAUGGGGGCUUCAGGUGUGAUUAUAAACAGUGUAAAACUAAAAUAUAAUCCUACAGAUGCUGGUGGCAUUAAAGAAGGAAGCAACAUUACCCUGACUUGUUCUGUGGAUAUCCUGACACUUUCUGGUCAAUCACCUCAGAUUUCAUACUUAUUCUAUAAGGGACAGACACAAGAUGCCCUGCUGAAAAUUGUUACAAUUCAGGCGCAAGAAUCUCAAUAUCUAAUCCAAUCGGCUCGACCCUCACAUUCUGGAUACUACAGUUGUAAAGUGGAAGCAGAAAGUCAAAGGGAGGAAAGUGCUUCCACAUUCAUAACAGUUACAGGAAAUUUACAGACACCUGUAUUCACCAUACAUCCAAUGGAGGUGAUUCUGGGAGAUUCAACUGAGUUGUGCUGUACAUCUGAGGAAAUUCCUCCUCUGACAUUCAUAUUCUACACAUAUAAAAAUGGACUGAACCCAGUGCGUCUCCAUGAAAAUUCAAGCAAAAACAAAACUGUGACACACCAACUGAGGGUGACAACAGAUACAGAGAAAAACUAUAGUUGUACAAUCGAAGUGCCUGCAGCCAGGAGUGUCUCAAAGCACAGUGAAGUAGUACAGCUCUCAGUACAAAAUCCAUUUUCAGAUCCAGAAUUUGAAAUUGAACCAUCAAAUAGAAUAAUUGAAGGAGCUCACUUCACCAUUAAAUGCAGAGUUACACUUUUGCUUCCUCAUGUCAAACCUCAAUUAAUCAUUAUGAAGGACACAACUCCAAUACACGCAGAAAUUACAAACUCUACGGUAUUUUCUAAAACAGCAAAUGUAACUGAUACAGGAAAAUAUGGGUGCAUGGCGAGAUGGAAGAGUGUAUCUCGAAAUAUAAAAAGCCAAGUGACAGUAACAGCAGUGACAUCUCAAGUUGAAAUACCAGUCCCGGUGGCUUGGAUUUUAGCUACUGCACUGUUCCUCAGUGUCAGCACCGUCUGCUCCAACUAAAGAAGCUCAGACAAACCUUUGGUCAUUUUGAAAGGAUAAGAGAAUAACAUGUCAAUGAUGUGGAGAAUAUUUCAAGGAGCAGUACCAAAUGGAGUUUCCUUACAUAUUUGCAUUGCUAUAAUUUGGAGGCCUUCUCCCUUUGCUGCGUGGGAAAUCAUCUGGAAAUGCAAUCAGUUAAAUUUGAUGGACCGCAACUUUCUGAAAAAAGGUCACAUCCAGAAGGACUAUAGUAAGGCAAUGGGAACA